CCAUAUCGCCCCAUGGCCGCCCCAUCCUGUCAUCAGUCCAUAUAGUCCAAUAUCCCACCUCCUGCUGCCUUGGACUGGACCAUCAGUCCAUAUAGAUCAGUCCAUAUAGCCCAGUAUGGAACCUCCUGCCAUUACAGGUCAGAACUUCAGUCCACAUCUCUCAUCUUCCACCCUAGAUCAGCUCAUCGGUCGCUAUUGGCUGAUAUCUCCCUGCCUGCCAGUGCCAUGCCAGGUUGGGCCAUCAGGCCAUACAGUCCAGCACCCUCCUUCCUGCCCUGCAGGAUCGAGCCAUUACAGGUCCGCUGGCCCACUUGCCCGCUCCCGGAGCGCUGGAAAAGAUACCACAGUGAUGCGCACCGACAAGAACCUAAACAGCCUGGAACAGCAGCACGGGUCCAUCCAGCUCGUUAAGUGGCUGCGAAGGGGACCAGGCCUCAGUGUCCACAACUCUUCCCUAAUGGAUCUGACUUACAGCCACUGAUCAGCCGGAACUACAAGGGGGACGUGAGCAUGGCAGAGAUUGAUCACUUCAUGCCGCUGCUGAUGCAGAAGGAGGAGGAGGGGGCCCUGACCCCGCUGCUGACCCACGGCAAAGUCCACUUCCUCUGGAUCAAGCACACCAACCUGUACUUGGUGGCCACCACCAUGAAGAACGCCAAUGCCUCGCUGGUCUACUCCUUCCUCUACAAGGUGGUGGAGGUCUUCUCGGAGUACUUUAAGGAGCUGGAGGAGGAGAGCAUCCGAGACAACUUCGUCGUCAUCUACGAGCUGCUGGACGAGCUGAUGGAUUUUGGGUUCCCCCAGACGACAGACAGCAAAAUCCUCCAGGAGUACAUCACCCAGCAAGGCAACAAGCUGGAGACCGGCAAGUCCCACGUGCCCUCCACUGUCACCAACGCCGUGUCCUGGCGCUCCGAGGGCAUCAAGUACAAGAAGAACGAGGUUUUCAUCGAUGUCAUUGAGUCUGUGAACCUGCUGGUGAACACCAAUGGCAGCGUCCUGCUCAGCGAGAUCGUGGGCACCAUCAAGCUGAAGGCAUUUCUCUCCGGCAUGCCCGAGCUGCGGCUGGGCCUUAACGACCGCAUGCUCUUUGAGCUGACUGGGCGUGGCAAGAACAAGUCGGUGGAGCUGGAGGACGUCAAGUUCCACCAGUGCGUGCGGCUCUCGCGCUUCGACAACGACCGCACCAUCUCCUUCAUCCCGCCUGACGGAGACUUUGAACUCAUGUCCUACCGGCUCAACACGCAGGUGAAGCCCCUCAUCUGGAUCGAGUCGGUCAUUGAGAAGUUCUCCCACAGCCGCGUGGAGAUCAUGGUGAAGGCGAAGGGCCAGUUCAAGAAGCAGUCGGUGGCCAACGGUGUGGAGAUCUCGGUCCCCGUCCCCAGCGACGCCGACUCCCCCAAGUUCAAGACCAGCGUUGGCAGCGCCAAGUACAUGCCCGAGAAGAACAUUGUCAUCUGGAGCAUCAAGUCGUUCCCGGGUGGGAAAGAGUUCCUGAUGCGGGCCCACUUUGGGCUGCCCAGCGUGGAGAAGGAGGAAGUGGAGGGGCGGCCACCCAUUGCUGUCCGCUUUGAGAUCCCCUACUUCACCGUCUCCGGAAUCCAGGUGCGCUACAUGAAGAUCAUCGAGAAGAGCGGGUACCAGGCACUGCCCUGGGUGCGGUAUAUCACUCAGAGCGGGGAUUACCAGCUCCGGACCCAGUAGGCACCAGCUGGGCGGCGAGGGAUCCUGUGCCCCCAUGAUGGAAGGAGGCUGGAGCCCCCGGACCGCAGCGAGUGCCCUGUGAACCUAGAGAGGCCCUUUUAAGAGAGAAUUUUGUGCGUUUCCCCUUGGGCUGCUGUCCGCCGUCCUGCCCCCAGCUGGGGCUGAAUUUCUGACAAUUCCCCUACCCCAGGCCCGGUCCUAUCUCCUGACUUAUCUAUCGAUUUAUAAAGAGGAAGUGAACCUC